AUGACCUCAAAGUACAAGCCCGCCAUAUUUGAGGCACAGAAACAUGUGGUGAAAAGCAACAGGAAGAUAGUGGAAGGUGUGCAGUUUAUCGGAGAGCUGCAGCGCUCCUCAGAUGUUUUCCUGCCUAUGGAGCUGUUAGCUCGUUUCCCGCCGUCUGAGGUAGAAAACCUUUCAGUGUGGAGACAUGUCCUCCUCAGAGCUCUUUCCCAAGAUGCUCGUCACCGUGUAGAGACCGACAUCGUCAGCCUCGCUCAAAACGCUCUGACUGACUGGCAGAAUGGAGGCUACAAACUAGGACAAGUGGACCGAAUGAACACGGUGCUGCGGCCCCUCCUGGCGGUGGUCCGGGUGCAGACCUCUCCUGAGGACCAGUGUGUGCUGUCAGCUCUGAGGGUCCUCACACAGCUGUGGUUACGAAUGAGUCCAGAGCAGGUGCAGAGCCAGCCCGCGCUCCACUGCACGCUGCAGCUGCUGCUCUCCAUGUCAGCCGUUCUAGUGAAAAACAUCGAACCUCAAGUCAUCUGCCAGGCUCUGCUGUGUGUGGACGCUGUGGUGUCUCAGCGGUGUGCCGAUCAGCUGACGCUCGCUGCUCUGGAGUUCCUCUCCUCUCUGGGGAAUGUCUUCGUCCCCUCAGACAGCCAGAGUCAGAUCCUGCCGAGGCUGAGCGGCCUGUUUGGAGCCAUGUUGUCCGACAGGUCGUGGCCGCUGCACCAGCACGCUCUGGAGGCCUUCUCUCACUUUGCGGAGAUUACAAACCAUGAAGAGGUCAUUUCCCAGAGUCUGUGUGUUGAAGAAACCAAGUCGAAGGUGGUGAAAUAUCUGAGCAAGACUGUGAACGCUCGGGAACAUGUGGAGUCACGGCUGCAGAGGAUCAAACUGGAGAAGGCCGUGAUUGAGAAACACAACGAGAGGCUGGAGAGCGACAGAGAAAACGCUUCAGACAGACUCACUGCUGAAACACUGGCUGCUGAAGCUGGAGCAGACUCAGAGCCAUGUCCAAAGAGAGCUCGGCAGGAGUUUUGUGCAGAGGAGGAGUUCAGCCGCUACGUCACCACCGCUGAGAGCGCUCUGAAAGCUCUGCAGGCUCUCACAGAACGCACCUCUCCUCCAGCACCUCCACCCUGGCUGGAGUCCAGACUGCAGGAGCUCCAGACCGUCCUCACACACAUCAGAACAGCCACACACACAAGCUAGCCCCAGAUGUAUUUACUUCAUAUAUAGAAAAACUAUUUAAACACAGUCUGUGAACCCCUUUCUCUGCUGCUGUGAAGUCUCAGCUUUUAAACCGGUUGUUUUUUUGAUUAAACUGGUUUGAUUACA